AUGCCAGCUCUCUGCCAACUCUCUUCACAGCAACAACUCUCUGCCAACACUCCCCCACAACGCCAGCUCUCUGCCAACUCUCUUCCACAGCAACAACUCUCUGCCAACACUCCUCUUCAACGCCAACUCUCUGCCAACACUCAUCUUCAACGCCAGCUCUCUGCCAACACCUCGGCACAGCAACAACUGUCUGCCAACACCCAGACACAACGCCAGCUCUCUGCCACCACCUUGGCACAGCAACAACUCUCUGCCAACACUCCCCCACAACGCCAGCUCUCUGCCAACACCUCGGCACAGCAACAACUCUCUGCCAACACCCAGACACAACUCCAGCUCUCUGCCAACUCUCUUCCACAUCAACAAUUCUCUGCCAACACCCAGACACAACUCCAGCUCUCUGCCAACACCCAGACACAACGCCAGCUCUCUGCCAACUCUCUUCCACAUCAACAAUUCUCUGCCAACACCCAGACACAACGCCAGCUCUCUGCCAACACCCAGACACAACUCCAGCUCUCUGCCAACACUCAUCUUCAACGCCAGCUCUCUGCCAACACCUUGGCACAGCAAGAACUCUCUGCCAACACUCAGACACAACUCCAGCUCUCUGCCAACACCCAGACACAACGCCAGCUCUCUGCCAACUCUCUUCCACAUCAACAAUUCUCUGCCAACACCCAGACACAACUCCAGCUCUCUGCCAACACCCAGACACAAUGCCAGCUCUCUGCCAACUCUCUUCCACAGCAACAACUCUCUGCCAACACUCCCCCACAACGCCAGCUCUCUGCCAACUCUCUUCCACAGCAACAACUCUCUGCCAACACUCCUCUUCAACGCCAACUCUCUGCCAACACUCAUCUUCAACGCCAGCUCUCUGCCAACACCUCGGCACAGCAACAACUGUCUGCAACACCCAGACACAACGCCAGCUCUCUGCCACCACCUUGGCACAGCAACAACUCUCUGCCAACACUCCCCCACAACGCCAGCUCUCUGCCAACACCUCGGCACAGCAACAACUCUCUGCCAACACCCAGACACAACGCCAGCUCUCUGCCAACUCUCUUCCACAUCAACAAUUCUCUGCCAACACCCAGACACAACGCCAGCUCUCUGCCAACACCCAGACACAACGCCAGCUCUCUGCCAACUCUCUUCCACAUCAACAAUUCUCUGCCAACACCCAGACACAACGCCAGCUCUCUGCCAACACUCAGACACAACUCCAGCUCUCUGCCAACACCCAGACACAACUCCAGCUCUCUGCCAACACCCAGACACAACGCCAGCUCUCUGCCAACACCC